UUACAAAUAUCAACAGUGGCCUUGAUGGGUUUCCAUAUACAUAUCUUUACUUAUCCAUUUUUAUGUAUUUAUUGUUUAUGCUUUUGUAUUAUGUUUUUUAGGGCUUACCAAUGCCACCAAAACGAUUGGCGCAGUCAUCUCUUCAACCUUCGCACGAGGCAAUUGUUGUUCCAAAUGGGGAUUUACAUGACAAUGUGGAUACCCAACACUCACAGCCACUUGAUGUCGAUAUGGAGGCACCGAGGGAGGCAGCCCCCCAAUCUAGUGUCGUGCCUACUAGACACCCUCGUGGCUUGACACGCGGGUUGAAGGUUCAAGCAAUGGUUCAAAAAGAUGGAAAGCUCAAAGUUACUAUACCACAGGAGUAUCGUGCACUAGUGGGGGAUCAUGCCUCUCAAUUAGUCUCCAAAAUUGGUGUUGAGGUCCGAACACACUUGCCAGACUUUAGCAUUCGCAGGUGGAAACAUGUCAACGAAGAAGUUACGGCACCUAUGUUUCAGCGUCUAACGGAUCAAUUUGACAUGGAAGGCGACUCCACAAAUGUUAGCAAAGCGGUGGCAACAAAGUGUGGACGGAGCUUGAGCAGCUACACCUACAGACUACAAAAAAAAUACCUGAACCUUAAAAGUGCUAAGGGAGAGGAGUAUGCUAGAAGCCACCCACCGCCUGAAUGUGACCUCGAGAAAUGGAAAAACUUGAUUGACAAGAAGUGGAAUGAUGCCAAUUGGCUGAAGCAAUCAAAUGCUAACAUUGACAAUAGAAAUCAAUUGAAAACGAAGCAUAGAUGUGGGUCAAAAUCUCUCCCAGUUAGGGUACACGAGGCGACAAUUGCAAAUGGGGGCCAACUGCCAGAGUUGCCAUGUGUUUACAAAUCUACACACUUUAAUGAUGUCACAAAGCAGUGGAUUUCUCCGGAGUGCGAAGAGAAUUAUGAUAAUAUGAUAAAGAUCCAAGCUGAACAUUGCUCCCGACCUGGUGUGGUUCCAAUUACUCCGGAGGAGCUAUCUGUGAAGGUGCUAAAGCCAAGGUCGGGAUAUGUUAAAGGACUCGGGUUGAGGCGUUCCUUCUCUGUCAGGACUACCAGCGCUUCGACUGACAGUGACUAUGUGAGGCGUCUACAGAUGGAAAUACAAGAGCAAAAGGAGCAAAUUCAGUCACAAAAAGAGGAAAUUCAGUCACAAAAAGAGGAAAUUCAGUCACAAAAAGAGGAAAUUCAGUCACAAAAAGAGGAAAUUCAGUCACA